GUAGAUGAGCUCGACACUCAAGAACCAUAGCAGCUUCAAGUGACCACAGACAGCACCUGUUUGCUAUAGUUGACAAGGAGUGGGAAUAGAGGGAAAAGAGAAAAAAGAAAAGAGAUUUUGUUUCCUCUCAGAAAACUAAUGGUCCAAGUGAAAACACAAACACAAGAAUGGAUACUAAUGAGGACCCUGAUGAAGACCAUCUUACAAGUUAUGAUAUUCAGCUAAGUAUUCAAGAAUCCAUUGAAGCCAGCAAGACUGCACUUUAUCCUGAAAGAUUUGUACCCCUAAGUGGUCAAAACAGAAAACUUGUGGAGGCCAUAAAACAAGGUCACAUUCUUGAGCUCCAGGAGUAUGUAAAAUAUAAAUAUGCAAUGGAUGAAGCUGAUGAAAAAGGAUGGUUUCCAUUACACGAAGCUGUUGUUCAACCCAUUCAACAAAUACUUGAGAUUGUUCUGGAUGCAUCCUAUAAGACACUCUGGGAGUUCAAGACCUGUGAUGGAGAAACACCCUUGACUUUGGCAGUCAAAGCUGGUCUGGUGAAAAAUGUAAGAACUUUGUUAGAAAAGGGAGUGUGGCCCAACACAAAAAAUGACAAAGGAGAGACCCCCCUUCUGAUUGCUGUCAAAAAGGGCUCCUAUGAUAUGGUAUCAACUCUGAUCAAACACAACACGAGUCUGGACCAGCCCUGUGUCAAGCGAUGGUCAGCAAUGCAUGAAGCAGCCAAGCAAGGCCGAAAAGAUAUCAUAUCUCUGCUGCUAAAACACGGAGGCAAUGUCCACCUGAGAGAUGGAUUUGGAGUCACACCAUUAGGCGUUGCUGCCGAAUAUGGUCACUGUGAUGUGUUAGAACAUCUAAUCCACAAAGGUGGUGAUGUGCUUGCUUUGGCGGAUGAUGGGGCGUCGGUGAUGUUUGAGGCAGCAGGAGGUGGCAAUCCCGACUGCAUUUCCCUCCUGCUGGAAUAUGGAGGAAGCGGAAAUGUACCUAAUCGAGCAGGGCAUCUUCCUAUACACCGAGCUGCCUAUGAGGGGCAUUAUCUUGCACUGAAAUAUCUUAUCCCAGCAACAUCUAAAAAUGCAAUUCGGAAAAGUGGGCUAACACCAAUUCACUCAGCAGCAGAUGGGCAAAGUGCACAGUGUCUAGAGCUGCUCAUUGAAAAUGGUUUCGAUGUCAACACUCCACUUGCUGACCACAUUUCCCAGAGCUAUGACGAUGAGAGGAAGACUGCGCUGUAUUUUGCCGUUUCUAAUAAUGAUGUUCGUUGCACAGAAGUCCUUCUGGCUGCAGGUGCAGACCCAAACUUAGAUCCCCUCAACUGUCUACUUGUGGCAGUGAGGGCCAAUAAUUAUGAAAUUGUCCGACUGCUUCUCUCUCAUGGCGCCAAUGUCAAUUGUUAUUUUAUGCAUGUGAAUGACACUCGUUUCCCCAGUGUCAUUCAGUAUGCCCUAAACGAUGAGGUAAUGCUGAGGCUAUUGCUGAAUAAUGGCUAUCAAGUGGAGAUGUGCUUUGACUGCAUGCAUGGUGACAUCUUUGGAAAUUCAUUUGUGUGGUCAGAGAUAGAGGAAGAGGUGCUGCCAGGAUGGACAUCUUGUGUAAUAAAAGAUAACCCGUUCUGUGAGUUUAUUACAGUUCCUUGGAUGAAGCACUUGGUAGGCAGAGUUACUCGCGUACUAAUAGAUUACAUGGAUUAUGUUCCUCUGUGUGCUAAACUGAAGUCUGCACUAGAAGUACAGAGAGAAUGGCCAGAAAUCCGCCAAAUACUAGAGAAUCCUUGUUCAUUGAAGCAUUUGUGUCGGUUAAAAAUUCGAAGACUUCUGGGUCUCCAGAAACUCUGCCAGCCAGCCUCAAUGGAGAAGCUUCCUCUACCACCAGCUAUUCAAAGAUACAUAUUAUUUAAAGAGUAUGAUCUCUAUGGACAAGAGCUAAAAUUGCCAUAACUUAAUAUUUUAAAAUGUGAUUUUAAAAAAUAUUUUGAAAUGUGAUUCUCUCAGAUAAUUUCUUGUAACUAUUUUACAUCUUUAAUUGUAAAGUGUAUUUAAAUGCAUUGACAGUUUUAUAGUUGUAUCAUGUGUUCUUACGGGAACACCAUGAUUUAUGUCUUUAAAGACAUUAGCAUUUUUUAAAGAUAGUAUUUUGAACUUAGAUUUGUAUCUUUGUUUGCUACAAGUCAUCAAACUCUCCCUAUCAAGUGGCUCCUACAAUAUCCACAUCAAGUCUCUAUGUUUAAAAAACAGAUAACCACUUUCUCAAACCCACAUCUGCCAGUUGCUGGCCGGAUUCUCCUGUCUCUCAAGGUCUUGCUGUGUAAAAGAGCUCCUCCUGCCUGUAAGUUCACAGACUGUGAUCUGGCAUCUACCCCUUCACUGCUUUUCUCAAGGUCCCUGACAAUCUCUUUGUUGCUAAAUUCAGUGAACAUUCUUCAGUCCCUCUUCCAAUUGAUUCCUACAGCAUUCAACAUUGUUGCCUGUUCCUUGCUUGAAAUGUUACCUCUUUCCUUGUUUCUUGCAAAACCUGUUCUCUUGGGUGUCCUCCCACCUCCCUGGACACUCUGUCUCUGGCUUCUUUCUGCCUAGCUCAUCUCUAGCCAAUCUUAGAGUUAUAUAUCUUAAGCCCUCUUCUCUUUGUUCUUUAAGUUAUAUAUCCUAAGCCUUCUUUGCUUUGUUCUCUGGGAAAUUUUAUUCGCAUCCAUGGUCUUAAUCAUUUUGCUGGAGACUACAAAAUUUCUAUCCGAAGCUCAACUCUUUCUCUCAUGUUCUCCCGACCUAUGUAGACAAUUGACCUAGUGAACAUUUGAACACAAAGACACCUCAAAUUCAACAUGUCCCCAGAUGAACU